UAUCGAUUGCUCUAGAAUGCAGCGGGCAUGGACAUUUGGACCACCGCUGUGUGUGUGACCACGGUUAUGCUGGCACGAUUUGUGAAAUACACUGUCUAAAUGGCGGCGUCCAAAGUAAUCAUGACCCUAGUCGUUGCCAUUGUUCUGACAGAUGGGCAGGAAAAGCUUGUGAAAUCGACUGCCACCAUGGCCGCCACGAUGAGCAUGACCGGACAAAAUGUCACUGUGAUCCGGGUUGGACCGGUACACAUUGUGACCAGAAAGUCGUAACAACUACAAAGAUAACUACAACCUCUACGACGACCCGAAUGUCAACCACUCCAGCAGAAUGUAGGCAUGGACGCUGGGACUCUCACGCUCACCACUGUGUGUGCGACAAUGGAUGGGGCGGCAACCACUGCGAUAUAAAUUGCGGCCAUCAUGGACAUUUGAGCGACAACACAUGUGUGUGUAACCCCGGUUAUGCCGGUACAACUUGUGAUGUACAGUGUCAAAAUGGCGGCAUCCAGAGUCAUUCUGACCCUAGUCGUUGCUAUUGUUCUGACAACAGAUGGGCGGGAAGAGCUUGUGAAAUCCACUGUAUACAUGGCCACCAAGAUGAGCAUGACCGGACAAAAUGUCUUUGUGACUGGGGUUGGGCCGGUACACAUUGUGACCAAAUUGAUUGCGGCCAUCAUGGACAUUUGAGCGACAACAAAUGUGUGUGUAACCCCGGUUAUGCCGGUACAACUUGUGAUGUACAGUGUCAAAAUGGCGGCAUCCAGAGUCAUUCUGACCCUAGUCGUUGCUAUUGUUCUGACAACAGAUGGGCGGGAAGAGCUUGUGAAAUCCACUGUAUACAUGGCCACCAAGAUGAGCAUGACCGGACAAAAUGUCUUUGUGACUGGGAUUGGGCCGGUACACAUUGUGACCAAAUUGAAUGCACGCAUGGACGCUGGGACUCUAACGCUCACCUGUGUGUGUGCGACCUCGGAUGGGACGGUCGCCACUGCAAUCAUUCAACCACAACAACUACAACACGAGCUACGACAACAACAUCAAAAGCAACAACAACUUCUACGACGACCCCCAUGCCAACCACUCCAGCAGCCACAACAACUACAACACGAGCUACGACAACAACAUCAAAAGCAACAACAACUUCUACGACGACCCCCAUGCCAACCACUCCAGCAGCCACAACAACUACAACACGAGCUACGACAACAACAUCAAAAGCAACAACAACUUCUACGACGACCCCCAUGCCAACCACUCCAGCAGCCACAACAACUACAACACGAGCUACGACAACAACAUCAAAAGCAACAACAACUUCUACGACGACCCCCAUGCCAACCACUCCAGCAGUCCCUACGUGUUCGAAAGUCAACGGUACGGGUCCGUUUACACAUAGCAAUGCAACGGCGUGUCACACAGCGGAGAAAGGGUCUCACGAAGCCCUCGUGCUGUACCACUGCUAUACGGUUUCGACUAACACAAGCUCUUGGCACGCUGGUCAACAGGUGACCCCGAAAAAUUGCGUUGAUAUGAUGAGUAAGAACGCUGCUGUUGCAACGUUUGUAAAUAGCCAAUACAUCAGAGAUGGUGGACUCUCUGGACUUGUCGUUGGUUGUUUAACAGAAGGGUUUCAGCUGACGGUGCAAGGGUGUGGCUUCGGCGUCAUCACUCUGAACAUCACUGGCGGUAUCAACCUCUUCGACCCGCUUAACUAUUACACUAUCCAAUAAAACAGCACCAAUAAAAAAGAUCAAUUUUAACGCCCAAUUGUUUUUU